AGCUGCUAGGCUCUUUGCAGGUUGGCGAACCUAGUUUGGGUUCUUCACGGAACGCUUUUGUUGGGUUCACAGAACCCAGUUGUUGGGUUCACAGAACCCAGUUGUUGGGUUAGUGGAACCCAGAUCUGGAUUCCGCGAUGCUUGGUUCGCGGAACCCAGAUCUGGGUUCCGCGAAGAACCCAGUUGCUGGGUUCGCGAAACCCAGAUCUGGGUUCCGUGAGGAACCCAGUUGCUGGGUUCGCAGAACCCAGUUUCUGGGUUCCUUGAUUGCUGGGUUCAAGGAACAUUGCUGGGUACUUCCAAGAAGGAAGUUGAAUAGGACACCUGGAAAGAUUGGAACAGCUUACCUUCAGGCACCUGGGUUCUUUUCUUUUCUUUACCUUCAGGUGAACCCAAGAGCUGGGUUCGUCCUGACCCAGGUAUCUGGGUUCAACGCAAACCCGCAAGCUGGGUUCCUCGCGAACCCAGGCUCUUGGGUUCGCCUGGAGGUAAAAGGAAAAAAAGAAAAAAAAAGAAAGGCGGAGGACGUGGAGGGUGAUGUGGCAGGUGUCAUAAGGUAUGCAACAGCAGAUGAUCAACCACACUGCUUUCGAGAUUGCCUGAAGAACCACUGUCAACAUCCAGAAAAUCCGGGAGUAUGUACCCAGCAAUGUGUUAGAGAAUGUCUUCCUCCGAGUCCUUCCAGUGCUAGUGCUGUUUACUAUUGCAACAUCGGGUGUUCCCUUGACCAGUGUACCAAGUUUGGCAAUGAUGUGAGGAAAGUUGGGAGCUGUAUGGACAAUUGCAUUAGUAAUUUCUGCAACAAGCGCUUUUAGUCUCUUGGAUAUGUUCCUAUAUAUGUAUGUAUGGUUAAAAGGAAAUUUGAAUGCAAUGCUAUAAAAUAAUUAAAUAAAGUUGUCUAUUUUAA